UACAGGUCUUGUAAGCCAAUCGAUCUGGUGUUUGUCAUCGACAGUUCAGAAAGUGUUGGCAGAACAAAUUUUAGCCUCGCAAAGAAUUUUGUCAUAAAUAUUGCCAAUAGGAUUGGAAAAAUGGCAAAAAAUAUAUCUGAUCUCACAGGUUCUCGUCUUGGUGUGGUGCAGUACAGCCAUCAAGGAUCUGUCCAAGCAAUUAGAAUGGAUGAUCCCAGCAUAUCUAGCAAGGCUUCUUUCUUGAGUAGAGUUAAGUCUAUGGAGUGGUUAGCUGGAGGGACUUGGACACCUUCAGCUCUGAAGUACACCUAUGAGCAGCUGAUCCAACCCAACCAAAGAGCAGUGAGUAAGGUGGUUGCUCUAGUAAUCACAGAUGGACGGUAUGAUCCCAAGGAUAGAGACAAGCUGGAGUCCCUCUGUAAAGGAGUGGAAGUCUAUGCCAUUGGUAUAGGAGAUAUCUUUAACAGCAGUGCAGAGAAAAAAGAGCUGGAGAAAAUUGCUUGCAACGUAAAUCAUCGUGUAAAGAAUCUAAGUGUGUACGCAGAAUUAGCAGCAGAGGAGUUUUUGGAAAACAUUGAAGCACUUCUCUGUCCAGAACCUGAAAUUAUUUGCCCAGAUCAAGUCUGUAACCAAGAGACGUCACUUGGACCACUGGUAGGCCGGCCUGUGGAUAUUGUAUUCUUUGUGGAUGGUUCAGAGAGAACUGGUAUUGAUAACUUUGUGCAAGUUCUGCAGUUUAUAAAACACAUAUCCUAUGAACUUAAACUUGCCACGCAUGAUAAGGAUACAAGAGGAGCCAGGAUUGCUGUACUCCAAUAUGGAGGUGAAAAUGAACAAAACAUCCUUUUGGAUUUCACCUACAACCUCACAAGCUUUCAGUCAUUGCCCUCUAAUGCGGUGUACUAUGAAUCAUCAUCCCACGUUGGUACAGCUAUUCUUUAUGCACUCAAAAACAUAGUGAGAAGCCGAAAUGGAGGACUUAAAGGCGCAAGAGCAAAUGCUGAAAUUUCCUUUGUUUUCAUAACUGAUGGCAUGAACAAUAACAAGAAUCUUGUACAGGGUGUAGAGUCCAUUAGGGCCAAUAAUAUUGUUACAUCAGCCAUUGCAGUUGGAUCUGAGGUCAAUUCUGAAAAGCUGUCUCAAUUGACUCUAAGAGACAGAGCUUCAUUAUUUACUCUCAAGCAAUAUAAUCAAUUAUUUACCACCCACUUUGUGAGAAACUUUGUGCAAUGGUUGGGAUGAAAAUAAAAUGUAAUCAGUAGUUAAAGGGACAGAACAUUUUAAAAAUGUAUUUCUUGAAUAUGAAAGAGCACUAUUUAAACAUGUUAAAAUAUUUUUUUGACAUUUUUUUUUUGCAGAUCAGAUUCAAUCUUUUUAUUUUUAUUUUGAACUAACAGAAAAUGCAUCUGGGCCUUAAGGCUGAUGAGAACUUACAUUGCUUUAAAGGGACAGUCUAGUAUAAAUUAAACUUUCAUUAUUCAGAUAGGACUUUUAAUUUAAAUCAACUUUCCAAUUUACUUUUAUCAUCAAAUUUGCUUUUUUCUCUUGGUAUUCUUAAUUUAAACUAAACAUAGGUAGGCUCACAUGCUAAUUUCUAAGCCUUUGAGGGCUGCCUCUUAUCACAUGCUUUUUAAAUCUCUUUUCAACACAAAUAGACAAAAAGUACACGUGGGCCAUAUAGAUAACACUGUGUUCAUGCACAGGGGAGUUAUUUAAGAUUUAUCACAAAACAAUGCUAAAUUUAAGACAAUAGAUAAUAAACAGUCACAGUCAUGUGAUCAGGGGGCUGGAAGAAGGUUCCUAGAUACAUGGUAAUCACAGAGGUAAAAAGUAUAUUAAUAUAACUGUGUUGGUUAUGCAAAACUGGGGAAUGGGUAAUAAAGGGAUUAUCUAUCUUUUAAAACAAUAACAAUUCUAUGGUAGACUGUCCCUUUAAUGGUAGAACAGAAACAACUAUUUGUCUCUUUCUUCUUCUUUUUUUAAAUAAAACUAAUGCAUUUUAAAAUGUCUUCUUACAUGCAACAAAUAAAAAAAGAUGUUUGUGUCCCUUUAAUAUUUUUAAGCUUAGCUGUAUAUUAAGAUUAUGAAACUCAAUAUAAAUAUAUACGCUGAAAAUAAAAUGAAUGCAUUACCAGCAUCAGCAUCAUAUGUAAGUACAAACCGCUAUUACUUUUGGACAGGGGUCAAGUCCUACAAAAAAAGUGUGGGAACUCACCAAGACUUCCACCCCCUUACAAUUAAUAUUGUUUUAUAAACAUACACACUGUAUUAAUAUGUAUAUAAUAUAUACACUUUGGUUAAUGAAAGCAAAUUAAAUCCAAUGAAGGGUUGAAUAGUUUGUGCCUGAGAAUCCUCCUUUGUCACGCCCACUUAAGGUGCAAUAGUUCUAUUUCUGCUGAGGGGAGCUAAAUAACCCAAGGGAAAGCCAUACAGAAAUGUAAGCACCAUGUGUUACACACAUUGCGGGGUGAUAUUGUGUAUUGUAGGAAGUGUUACUGUCUAUUACUAGAGGAUCUCACUAUCCCUCUAAACAGACUGUGCUCUAGCUCCUCCCACCAGCAGCAGCAGUGUUUACUAAAGUGUUUAUGUUCUCUGUUCAGAGGAAACUUAGUUCCUCUUGCAAAAAUAGUGCAGGAACUCCGUUCCCAUGUGUUCCCGCUCGACUUGACCCCAGCUCUUGGAGAAAAUGUAAUUACUUUAGUAGGUUUUAGAGAUCAUAUAAUAUAUAUAUAUAUAAAUAUAUAUAUAUAUAUAUAUAUAUAUAUAUAUAUAUAUAUAUAUAUAUAUAUAUAUAUAUAUUAGCAUUAUGGCCCCAAAUGUUCUGAUUUCAGAUGCUCUCAAGCAACUUUAUUUGAAGUAGUAGAGGGCAAAAAAUAUUUGAAAAAAACUACAGAUAGAUUAUUUUAAUUUUAUAAAUAUCUAAUAAAUGCAUUUCAAAUAUUAGGCCAUUUGUUUUUAUGUGUUUAAUAGGGGAGGGUGCUGCUAGAUUAGAUAGAUCAGUUACUAAAACAUAACAGAAAAGGUCAUUUGUCAUUGGGUAAUGGAGUUUAAUCUAUAACAAAAGUAAAAAUACACAUAUAGAAGGGACAAAGCAGAUCUAAGGUUCAACUGGGUGGACAAAGGCGUUGGACUGAAGAAAUAUAGAGCUACGUGAUAAAAAGCAAGGUGUGACAGAAAAAUGCACAGGGAUUAUACAGCAGAAAGGAAACAUUUUGAAAAUAUGCUUUAUUGUUUACAAAAAUUAAGGAACUGCAUAUAUGACUGUUUAAUAUUUGUUUUUGGUAAUAAAGAGUGGACUAUUAUGUCACAUUAUUUGCCCUAAUUGAUAAGUGUGUUGUUUUAAGUGUUUUGUUGAUUUUGAAAAAAUAAAAACAUACUAAAUGUCAGUAAAACAUGAAAAUAAAAUGUGCAAACAGGU